UCCGUAGUUGAACUCACGUGGGUAUUAAAAGGAAGUGAUUCCACAGAAACGCAUGUGCUUUUUGGAAUCUUAACCAUGCAAGCACCCUGAUCGGAUUUGGAUGUAAAGGAAGAUAUGGAUGCUGGUGAGGAUCAGUCGACAGGAGACGAUGUCAUUGACAUCAGUUUUUGCGGCUCCACACCUCUGAUGUGGAAAGUGUCAGAUAUAAAGAAGUGUCGAGGUACGGGUGUGAUCGGGGCUCUUGUGGGCUCUCUGGCCCGUCAGCCUCGGCAGAAUGUGCGGAUGGGCAGACCUCUUGAGCUGAUGCAGGAGGAGGCUCUGAUGCUGGAGGAGACAAUCAGUGCUUCUGCAUCACUUCACACUCAGCAGGACUGUAAAGAUGAGGAGGCGGCGAGACAGUACGAGGCAGUGCUGGAGAGCAGUUAUAAAGAGCAGUGCACUUUGGCCCUGGAGGACAAGAAGACCGUGCUGAGGAGAAUAAUGCAAAAGAAAGAGAAUGAUAAUGAUGACUCCGGAUAUGCUGUCAGAGAUCGUCUUAAUGCCCUGGACCAAGCUUUCAGUUUUCCACGGUCGGCUAUGGCAAUCCAGCUUUGUACUGCCCGGGCCGGCUUCAGCCACUGCCCAGAUGAGCGUGGUUUCCUUUAUACAGACUGGCCAAUACCUAGAGAUGAACGUUCGGAAAUCAGAUUCCGUGUAUACAGGGAUUUGAGAAGUAAAGGCUAUUAUCUGACCUCCGCAGGAAAGUUUGGAGGAGAUUUCUUGGUAUAUCCAGGAGAUCCCCUGCGUUUUCACGCUCAUUACAUUGCGUUGUGCAUGUCCAUGGAUGAACAGUUGCCUCUCUGCGAUGUUCUGGCAAUAGCUCGUCUGGGCUCUAACGUGAAAAAAACUGUGUUGCUUUGCUCUCCUCAGAAGCCCAGCGAGGCUGGAAAGGAAGAGCGCAUAGAGGAGGGUGUGGUGUAUUCAUCACUGCAGUGGAGUUCUAUAGUUUAACUGGAAUACACUUGUUUGAACUGUUGAAGUUGUUCAAAGGUGGUGUGGUGCUAUUGACUCAUGUCGAAUAAGUCUGUCGUGCCUCUAUAUUGUGGAAUGAAAUAAAUCUGAUGGAGUUCUCAAAAUGUA